CCCAUCGGUGUAUUGCACCGCACGACAAUACACACACCUCCUACCUCCUUGCAGACGAUACCGACACGCCUAAUCGCGCCGCCGAGACACUGGUGCCCCGGCCAGACGCGUGACACUCAGGCCGCCCAGCCCGACAGCUGCGGAGUGACCAACCCCCCAACAACAGCAUGGUCCACACCGCUGUGCUUACAACGGUGCUGGCGUUUGCGGCUGCCUUCUCUACGACGGCAGGCGCAAGCUCGUCAGCCCGAGGCAAUGUGGAGCGACGAUCCGAAAAUGGCGCGUCGGGGAGAAUACCCCUCGAAUCUCGGUCCAACAACGCCGUGGCUGGCCCUGGUCCAACAACACUCGCAUUGCGAUACGACGCACGCCGAGCGCACUCUCACGACCCCGAGGUUCGCCGCGCCUGGCUGCGCGACGACGACUUGCGGCUGCGCAGCAAGUACCGCGCAGACUUGGACCACGACGCCCAGAAGCGCGUUGAUCGCGACAUGCGCGCAGCCCUUGCCGAGCGACGGGCAUUGCGGCCAAGGCAGAACGGUGGCGGCGCCGCCGGCGGCAGUUCUGCAUCAAAUUCAAAUGCAUCGACCUCGACCGCCGCUGUGGAGGCCGACUUAGACGAGGCAAAUGAUUUGUUGACUGUUUGGGGACGCGACGUGUUCUACACUGCGGAAGUGGCUGUUGGCACCCCGCCCCAGUUCUUUGAAAUACACGUCGACACUGGCAGUGCCGAUUUCUAUGUCUUUGACAGCUCGUGUACCGGUGCCGAGUGCAAAAAGGACAAGCUGUUCAAUUCAAAGGCCAGUUCAACGUUUACCGACCUGCCAGAUCUUGGACCGAACAAUAUUACCUUUGGCACGGGAUUUAGCUAUGGCCACUGGGGUGCGGAUACGGUGCAGAUGGCUGGAUACUCGGUAUCGGACCUAGUGUUCCUCCGCGCGUCCGUGCACGAUACCUCAUACUCGUUGACGAACAUCACUGGCAUUAUGGGCAUGGGCUGGGCUCAGCUGUCCAAGUCAAACACGUACCCGUUCUGGCAGGUACUCGCGCCACGAUGGAAGGACAAGCGCAUGGGCUUUUACAUUGGACGCGUCAGCUCGCUCGACAUUGUCGACACGGCGACCACGCCUCCCUCUCAGGCUAUCAGCACGGCUCAGGCCGGUGGUCUGAUGACUCUUGGCGGCGUCAAUGAGAAACUCAUCGCCGGCGAGAUCACCUACACCCCGCUCAUCGCCCUCGACUUUUGGCGCAUCCCAAUGGACCAGAUCACGCUCAACGACUACACGCUUAACCCAGAGGGUUCCAACACCGCCAUCAUCGACACGGGCUCGUCAGUCAUCCAGGGACCCUCGGCCUCGGUUGCCCAGCUGUACGCCAACAUCCCCGGUGCCAAGCCGGUGACGGAUCCGGGAAUGUUGGGCUACUACACCUUCCCGUGCUCGCAAGUGACCAACAUCUCUCUGUCGCUCCAGUUUGGCGGCGUCUCGUACGCUGUCAACCCGGUCGACAUGGUGCGCACGCGUACAGGUGACCUCUGCACUGGGUCUAUCAUGGCCUUCAAUGUGAGCUCGAGCUCGAGGUUCCACUGGAUCGUCGGGGCCACGUUCUUGAAGAACGUUUACACUGUGUUCCGCUAUGACCCGCCGGCCGUGGGGUUUGCCAACCUCGUUCAGCCCUUACAAGCCAACCUCACGGGCUUAGAUGUCCACAUCAACGGCACGGCGGCUAUGCGCCAAAACUCAACGGUCCAGAACCCGAGCUUUGGCCCUGGUCUCGGCAUGAAGAAGUCGAACAAGUCGACCGUUCAGACUGCCCUCGGCGCAACGUUCGGCGCGCUCGCCGGCGCUGGCCUGCUCGCAUGGUUACUGUGCUUCAUCGGCUAUAGAAGAUGGUACAGACCACGCCGGGAGCGGCGCAAGAGCAUGGCCGCUCAGCGUCCGGUCGUCAUUGACAUUGAGUCCCAGUCGUCUCCGCAACCGGCCGGCCCUUCGGGUAGCCGGUUCAGCGACACGACAUCGUCCAACCUCAGCGGUGAGGAGACGCGUGUCGGCCACUCGGAGGAGAAGAAGGUCUCGCUGGCCUCUGACGACGACGCCAAGUUCUCCGUCAUGACCAAGGUUAGAUCAGUCGCCUCGGACGAUUUAACAAGCGAGGGCUCGCAUGGACAACACGUCCCUGUGGCGAUCGCGCAAGAGUUAGAUCUGCCGAUUGAGGACCCGCUCGAGUCGUUGACGCCGCCCGAGCCGGCGCUCCUCGCCCCGCCCCGGCCCGCAUCACUCGCGCCGUCGUCACACGUCAACCUGGCUAUGGACGAGGAUACCGGCGCACCGCAGCUUACCCUCCCCAAGAUGAAGCGGCUCACGAUGGGGCUCGGCACGCCCAACGCCAGCCGCCCAUCACUUUUGUAGAAUUAUCAUUGAUUGCACCAUUGCACGAAC